AUCUGUACUUGUAAUCAUCAUCGUCCUGGAUUCCUUGUACUCUGCAAAACCCCAUUUCAAAUCAGUACUUCUACCUCCGAUAAUGUCAUCAUCAUCGGUAAGAUUCUCCGCCGCAUGAAAUUCGAUUCGAUUAAGAUUUUCGCUACUGAUUUCUGCUAUCUGUUGUUCUAAAUCUGCAGAACCGUGAGAGCCGGCCUCUGCCGAGAUUUGGCCAAUGGGACGAGAGAAACCCCGCCUCCUUCAACGAAUUCACCGUCAUAUUCGAAAAGGCACGCGACGAGAGGAAGACGGGCGGCGCCACCGGAUCCGAAAUUCUGACGCCUGACAGAUCAGAAUCCCUGCAAAAGUACAAUGGGUAUGAAGAGAAAACAAGUAAAUUCAAGAAUCUCAAGGUAUAUAUAUGACUUACUCGCACAGGUUCCUUGAUUAUCCUGUUUCGAUUUCUGUUGGUGUUCUGAUCUGUUUUGUUCCUCUUUUCAAUCGCAGAAAAAAUGGUUUUGCUGCGGUUGAAUGGAUCAUGAGUUUUUUCGCUUGGGGAGUUGCAGAGAAUUAUGUUGCGUACCUGUUUGUUUCCCGAGAAAAAGAAUGAGAAAUUACAAACAUUUUGGCACCGAUCUAAUAAAAAUAAUCCAGUUCAUAAUAUAAAAAUUCCCUUUUUGUUCUGAAUAUUACUCCAUAUAUAUCAAAUAAUGUGAUUUAAGUUUUGGCUAACAAUCCAACAAACUUAGUGAUAGUUGUCUUCUAUUAAAUGGAAGUAACCUAU